UGUGUGUUUAACGUUGGCAUCUGCUAGCCCGUUGUGAUAGCUCCUCUUACCGGUGGGUGGCGCUCUUAGUCUCUCUUCUUUCUCCCGGUUGUUUUGUUCAGUCCUAUCCGCGUGGCGGCGCUGUGAGACCCCCGGUGCCCGCUGCAACACGUCUCUGUGUGUAUGAAUCCCGGGGGCUGCAGCGGAGCGCAGGAUGGCGGCUGCAGUCGGUGCGGCUGCUGCGGAGGCCGAAUCGUCGGACAGUGAGCCGGAGCAGGAGCACGGAUCCCCGCAGAAACUCAUCCGGAAGGUCUCCACAUCCGGUCAGAUCAGGAGCAAGUUGUGCAUGUUCAGCUGGAGUUGCGCUAACUGCCCCGUGCUGACUGAGACUCAUAUAAGCAUGAAGACGAUUUUAAAAGAGGGAAAGUUGAUGAAACAGACAAAUUUUCAGCGCUGGAGGAGACGUUACUUUAAACUACGGGGAAGAACGCUGUACUACGCUCAGACGUCCAAGUCAAUCAUUUUUGAUGAAGUAGAUCUGACGGACGCCAGCGUAGCAGAAUCCAGCACCAAGAACGUCAACAACAGCUUCACUGUAAUCACUCCGUGUCGUCGGUUGAUUUUGUGCGCAGAGAAUAGGAAAGAGAUGGAGGAAUGGAUCGCAGCACUGAAGAGUGUUCAGAACAGAGAACACUUUGAGUCCACUCAGUUCAGUAUGGAUCACUUUUCGGGGAUGCAUAACUGGUACGCCUGCUCACACGCUCGCCCCACGUACUGUAACGUCUGCCGGGAGGCACUGUCAGGGGUCACCUCUCACGGACUGUCCUGUGAAGUGUGUAAAUUUAAGGCUCACAAGCGCUGUGCGGUCAGAGCCACGAAUAACUGCAAGUGGACGACACUGGCCUCAAUCGGCAAAGACAUACUGGAGGAUGAAGAUGGGAUCUCGAUGCCUCAUCAGUGGUUGGAGGGAAAUCUGCCCGUCAGUGCAAAGUGUACGGUGUGCGAUAAAACCUGUGGCAGUGUACUGAGACUCCACGACUGGCGAUGUUUAUGGUGCAAAGCCAUGGUGCAUGCUGGGUGUAAAGAUCAGCUCUCUCUGAAGUGUCCAUUGGGUCAGUGUAAAGUGUCUGUGAUUCCACCCACCGCUCUCAACAGCAUUGACUCCGACGGGUUCUGGAAGGCGACAUGUCCCCCAACCUGCACGAGCCCGUUGUUGGUGUUUGUCAACAGUAAAAGCGGAGAUAAUCAGGGCGUGAAGUUUUUACGACGAUUUAAACAGCUGUUGAACCCUGCACAAGUGUUUGACUUAAUGAACGGAGGACCUCACCUGGGUUUACGUCUGUUUCAGAAGUUUGAUACGUUUCGUAUUCUGGUGUGUGGAGGUGACGGCAGUGUUGGUUGGGUUUUAUCAGAGAUCGACACUCUGACGCUACACAAACAGUGCCAGUUGGGCGUAUUGCCACUGGGAACUGGGAAUGACCUGGCGAGAGUUUUGGGGUGGGGUUCGGCGUGUGACGACGACACCCAGUUACCCCAGAUACUGGAGAAACUUGAGAGAGCCAGUACAAAGAUGCUGGACAGAUGGAGUAUUAUGGUAUACGAGACCAAGUUUCCACGGCAACACUCCAGCUCCACGGUAACAGAAGACUGUAGUGAGGACUCUGAGGUGCAGCACAUUCUGACCUAUGAGGACUCUGUUGCAGCUCAUCUCUCCAAAAUACUGACAUCCGAUCAGCACUCUGUGGUCAUUUCCUCUGCAAAAGUCCUGUGUGAGACGGUAAAGGAUUUCGUUGCGAGAGUCGGCCGUGCGUAUGAAAAGAACACAGAAAGCUCAGAGGAAUCAGAUGCCAUGGCUAAAAAGUGUGGUGUAUUAAAAGAGAAGUUGGACUCGUUACUGAAAACGUUAAACGAGGAAGCCCAGGCCACCAGUGUGAUGCCCGCGCCUCCUCCCACCAUCGCUGAGGAGCAGGACGAAGGGGAGGGAGAGGUGCUGGCUCCGCCCACAGCCCCACCCACAGUAAUUCCCUGCUCACCCCGCCCAACCGCUGCCAUCUUCAAACCGCGAGAACAGCUGAUGCUCCGCGCGAACAGCCUGAAGAAAGCCAUCAGACAAAUUAUAGAGCACACGGAGAAAGCGGUGGACGAACAGAACGCUCAAACGGAGGAGGUUUUUGCUUCUCUGCCAGCUGAGGAGGAAGACGAGGACGAUGAAGCUGAUAAAUUAUCUCUACAAUCUUCAUACAGCAACAGAGCACGACCAAGUAGAAGAGCCUCCAAGACUCCGUGUGAGAAGCUCAUCUGUAAAGGGAGUCUGUCGAUAGGCAGCUCCGCCUCACUUCCUGCCCAGACGGGAAGUAGGGAGAAUAUGCCCAUGCUGAACACCAAGAUCCUCUACCCAAGUCUCAGGGCAGGUGUGUCGGGCUCUUUCAGUGGUUCAGUCAUCAGCAGGCUGUUGGUCAACGCGGACCCGUUCAACUAUGACCCAGAGAACCUGGAUCUGUACACAGAGAAAUGUGUCAUGAAUAAUUAUUUUGGAAUCGGUCUGGAUGCCAAAAUCUCUCUGGACUUCAACAACAAACGUGACGAGCAUCCAGAGAAGUGCAGGAGUCGCACUAAAAACAUGAUGUGGUAUGGAGUUCUGGGUACCAAAGAACUUCUUCACAGAACAUACAAGAACCUUGAACAAAGAGUUCUACUGGAGUGUGACGGGAGGCCCAUCCCUCUUCCGAGUCUCCAAGGUAUCGCCGUGUUGAAUAUUCCCAGUUACGCAGGAGGAACUAACUUCUGGGGCGGAACUAAAGAGGAUGAUACGUUUACGGCGCCGUCGUUUGAUGAUAAGAUUCUAGAGGUGGUGGCUGUAUUCGGCAGCAUGCAGAUGGCCGUUUCUAGAGUUAUUAAUCUUCAACAUCAUCGUAUCGCACAGUGUCGAAUGGUGAAGAUCACUAUUCUAGGUGAUGAAGGUGUACCUGUACAGGUGGAUGGAGAGGCCUGGAUUCAGCCGCCAGGAUACAUCCGAAUAAUCCACAAGAACCGCACACAAACCCUCACCAGAGACAGGGCGUUCGAGAACACACUGAAGUCGUGGGAGGACAAACAGAGAGGAGAGAUUCCACGGCUCGUAUCUCAGCAUGCUUCACAGCCGGAGGUCGUUUCUGAAGAGGAAACGGCUCAGAUCAGUCUGUUUGGACAGGCGGCUGGUGCUCUGAUACACAGUAUCAGGGAAGUGGCACAGUCUCAUCCCACUAUCGAGCAGGAAUUAGCUCACGCGGUAAACGCCAGUUCUAAAGCCAUGGACCUGGUGUACGCAAACUCUAAAAGCAGCGGGGGUUUGACAUGUAAUGUGGUGAUGGACAUGGUCAGUAAUGUAACAGCUCUUCACAGUGAAACUGAACUGUUGCUCUCUGGAAAGAUGUGUCUGCAGUUGGAUCCUCCUCAGCGGGAUCAGCUGAUUGGUGCGUUGGGAUCUGUCACUCAACAGUUAUGUACGCUGACAGAUAUCAGCUGGCUCAGUCAACUCAUUGACCCGGCUGACGAGGAGGAGGAGGGUCAGAUGUCUGAUUUCUCCAAGAGGAGUCGCAGUGCUAAAUUCCGUCUCGUACCCAAAUUCAAAAAAGAUAAAAACAACAAAAAUAAGGAGACGUGUGCCGCCCUCAACAUGCCUGUGUAUACGUGGGGGGUUGAUAAGGUGGCCGUGUGGUUGGAGAUGCUGUGUCUCUCAGAGUACAAAGAGAUCUUCAUCAGACACGAUGUCAGAGGACCAGAGCUGCUUCAGCUGGAGAGGAGAGACCUGAAGGACUUGGGCGUGACUAAAGUCGGCCACAUGAAGCGGAUUCUGCAGGGAAUCAGAGAUUUGAGUCGAAACAGCACAGUCAGCGAAGCCUAGAUGCUCCGCAGCCAAUCAGAUGCCUCAUUCAGAAGUGAUGCAGCUUCAUCUGGCCAAUCAAACGCUCAGUCAUGACUGGAACCAGCCAUACACAGCCCACCACCUCAUAGGGACCAACGCCAACUCAACUCAGAGCUCAGCCAAUCACAGUGCCUUCUGUUCUCCACCUUUGUGACAUCAUCAUUUUAGGGAAAACUAUUUUACUACAUGGGUGGGUGGAGAUGUAUCGAGAGCCUUCAGCACACAAAGGGUCAUACCAAUAUCGGGGAGGGGGUGGAUGUAAACAUCUGAGAAGAGAGAAAAUACCAUGGCAGUGGUGUACAGUGAACUUUAAAGUCAACAUAAAAUCAAAAUGUGAAAUCAAAAUGAUUCCUCAGUGCACAAUAUUUGAAAGAAAUUUUUUUUGUUUUCAUAAACGUUCAUCAAAAUGUUACAACUUUGAAACAACUUUUCUUUUCUGCUGAUGUCAUCAAGGCCAUGUGGUCAGGGAUAAAUUCUAGCUGCGUCCCAAAUCGCAUACUUCUGCACUAUUCUACUCCUUUUUGUUGAUUGAGCCUGUUCACACAGAAAAUGCAUUGAAAAGAACAGCACAAUGAGUACUCGAAAGAUGUACUUCUUCAACAGAAUAAGCGGUCGCGGCUCGCCCUACGUAGCGGAAAGGGCUGGGGUUAGCUGGCCACGAUGCAAGCCUGACAAAAAAUUUUAAUUAAUGUUGAAUGUGGCAACUAGCAAGACUUCUGUGAAGACAGCACCUUAAAAAUGUGAGUUGAAUGCUUUACCAUCAUGUGUAGUACUGAGCUUGGCUAACGUGCUAAAGCUAGCAUCAACAUACCAAGUGAGUUUGAAACGUCACUUCAUUCAGCUGAAAAACCAUGAAUGUUCCCGUGUAGUAAAAACUGAUCCAUUUGAGAUGAUGAACUCUGAAACUUCAUACACUAGAUGGCUACUGUAGUGCACAGUGCAUAGUGCAUCAUUUGGGACACAGCUAAUAUUUACUGAUAAUAUCAUAGCCCAUGUUUCAAGACCCAGGGUCCUAUUUUAAGAGCGCUAGCACAAAGUUGUAAGCACAGAGUCAGUGGGCAUGGCCAUGAAGUUUUGUUUGUUUUGUGCAAGCAUGCGCUAAAUCUAGGCGCAAGUGGGUUUGGCGAAAUAGCAUGUGCAAGGCGCUAAUGGCCUGGGUCAAGUGCAAUUUAAUUUGGAGGUUCUUCUCCGAUUAUUGCACCGUCUGCAUACUAUUAUAUAGUCCAUUCCCUCAAGCACCAGCAAUAUAAACAAAGACAGCACAUUCAUAAGAAGUUGGUAGUGUAAAUGGACUGUAUACAAUGAAUUAGAAGAAUGGAAAUAUGGACUUACUUUCUUUUGUGCAUUAACUGCGUCCUUGUUGAAUGUGACACACUCUUUUUAUACACAUGAAAAAUGUGGUUCAGGAUUUGGUUGUAGGCUCCGUUAAAUUAUAGACAAUGUAAGAAUUAUUAAUCAUUUACAGCUACUGACACACAAAUCAGGGCUAGUUUGAACAGUGAUUGUACCGGCACGACUUCACUUCUACCGGUCAACAAUGAUUGUAUUUAUUGAAACAUGAAAUAAUUCAACCAAAGAUAUUUCUAAAUUCAAAUUACACUUAAAACAAAAUUAAAAUGUAAUCAAAAUAGCAAAGUGGUAAAAAAAAAAAAAAUCGUACCAAAUCCAAACAUUUUACUCUGUCCAACUUCUUCCACCGGCCCCUUUUGUAGUGACUUAAAAAUCACUCUAAGACAACAGGUGGAAAAACACCAAUACAAAUUAGAUCAUAAAUACAACUGUAAAUAUAAACAUAAUAAUAAUUGAAAAAUAAUCCAUGACCUAUAGAUAGAUAGUAGAUAGUUUUUUUUUUUUUUGCUUUUUGUGUUUCAUAAAACAGCUACAACAGUGAUCAUCUUAGACAUUAUUUGAUGUUACACUAUAUUUUCAGAGUUUGGACAUUAACUUUAAUAACACCUGCUGGUGAAAUCUCCAAACCUCAAAUUCAGGAACUGAUUUUAGACUUUGCGCUGAGGGCGGGGCCGGGCCGUGAUGCUGCACACCCAGCCCCUAAUCAGGCUGAUCAAGCCUGAGAGGAAUAAAGGCGACCGGAGGCGGCAGUUCGAGAGAGAGAGAACUACAGGCAGCUGCCCUGCAUGUUUUUAUGUCUUUUUGGUUUAUUAAAAGAUUAUUUAUAUUGUCAAGCUGGUUCUUGCCUCCUCCUUUCCAUUGAACUUUGUUACACUGGUGCUGAAACCUGGCAGGGAUGAGGGAUGCGCCGUAGUAGAGUCCUUGCCACUACUGUCCACCGAAAUCGGAGCAGCCACGGCCAUCCGCCGGGGGACAGAGGAGCCCGGCCGCCUGAAAGCAGAGGAACGUCCGCCGACCGCGAGGGGAGGAGGGGCUCCUAGCCGACCGCCUGGAGCAGUCAGGGCCACUGCCAGAGGCGGAGGAGACCCCUACCGGCCGCUAAAACGCGGCGGGGUUAAGAGAGGACCGCCAAUCGCGAGCGGGGAGGGGCUCCUGGCCGAGCGCCUGGAGCGGGAGAACCGCUGCCAGGGGCGGGGGAGACCCCUACCGUCCACCCUCUCGGGCUUGAUCAGCCUGAUUAGGGGCCGGGUGUGCAGCAUCAUGGCCCAGCCCCGCCCUCUGCCCCGCCACAACAUUUUAUAGACGUGAUAUUGAAACGUAUUAGCGCAUUACCUAUUUCUCAGGAAAACAGCAAAUUGCGCUUUGUGCCACUUUAACAUACAAUACACCCAUAGCGUGCACGUAUACACCCACAGAUAGCGCAACCACUCCCACUUGCGCUUUGCGCUGGCAUGAAAAUUGAGCUUCGAAUUAGCGCACUCACGAAAAUUGGAUAAGAUGUAGCGCUCAGUCUUUGUUUGCAGCGCUUACGAAAAUAGAGCUCCCAGUCUCAUUUCUAGCCUUAGAAAUACAUUGUGUCACGGAAGUUAAAUUCGUUGUGAAUGCCGUUUUAUAUCGUCUUUAAUCUUCUGCUCUGUUCCAAAUUCUAUUGAGCUGCCUUGCUGUCUACUGCCUACAUAGGUAGCUGCCUUGUUAGGCAGCAUCCUAACUAAAAUGGAAUCUCAUAAGUCAACAGUUAAAAUGCCUUCUAUAUGGGCAGCUCACUCGCACAAUUGCAUUGCCUGGUCCGUGACUUUUAACAUGUUGAUAUGACAAUCAAUCCAAUCGACCUAUCAGACUUCAGUCGGACUGUAAGCAUUGCCCUCUUUCUCCUCCUGUGUGUUAUUUAAGAGAUUUAGGAUGCCUUAAUGUUCCACCAGCAUUCUGAUGAAUUGCGUAACAGCCUGAACGACAGUGUUUAACUCUUAAAGGACUAAAUCACUUUUUCCAUUCCUGUAUUAUUUGACAUAACUGGCAUAUAAAAUCGGUUGCAGAUGUAUUGUGUGGUUUGGAAAGGAAACUGUUGAUGCAAACGCUUAAUGGAAUGUCCAGUGUUAAAUGUAUAACACGUGCCCCAUUGACUUGCAUUGUAAGCGCACUUGUGUCAAUGAAGCUUAACUUGUUUUUAACGUGGAGCAUUUCUAAAGUACAAAAGAGGCGAUAAAAGCAGUCGCUUCCAUGUAGGAGUUUUUGUCCUAACCAGGCGCGACCAUGACGAGCGACGGGAGAUUUUGUUAGUCGAUUGGCUUCCGUUUCUUUUGCGUUGUGCUGGGAAGCCCCGCCUACAUUAAAACCUCAUUGGUCCAAAAUUCCUCUCCUCAUAAUGUUCUGAUUAGCUGCUAUAGUGUUGUGUGGCACAGCACUUUCAAUGUGGACAGACAAAUUUCUUGUCGCUGAAACCUUGUCGUGCCUGGUUAAGACAGUCUGAAAUACUUUUUCGAAUGCCGUACAAACCCUACAAUGUCACAGCCGCCUUGACAACAGAAGACAUUAUGUAGAGAUGUUUUCUAUUAUUUUUAUAAAUGCUUUUAACAAACUAACACUGACUAUGACAAACACUGUCUUUACCCUUUAAAACGUCUUACUCCACCUUUGUAUGUGAGAAAGCUACAGUGAGUGCCGUCUACAUAUUGUCAUGUUACAUGCAGAGAUGAGAUGCGUGUUUGAAUAUUUUCUCUACUUCAGAUAAAAGAAUCUUACAUCGCAUAUCAUGUUGUCGUUUUGGACUCCAGGGGUGUCUGAUCUCUCUGACUGUUAAGUAUUUAUUUUAUUAAGUUAUACCAGAAUACAUUCAUGCGAUGCUGUUUGUCCAUCUCUGUUGUCAGUUGAUUUUUUUUGUACAUAUACCAUCUUUAAGAAUGUAAAUACCUUCUUACUGUACAGUGAAACUAUUAAAAUCAGGUCUGUGAUACGCUAAA